AUGCCGGAGCUGUCAAAACGACCAUGGCCUAUCGUGGGCUGCUCAUUGGCUACUUGUUUUUUAAUUGGGUUGUCAUACUUCCUCCAGUCAUCCAUCUCUCUGCCAUUAGUUUUGCCUGGUCGAUAUCACAAUAUUCAGGAAACUGUGGCCAUCACCGCUCGACUGGGGAUAGAGCUUCACCCAGAGGAUCAUAUGUACCGGGAGCCGGCGACUCAAUAUUUGGAUUGGCGUGUGACCUCGGACUUUCGCAGACCAGAUGGUGUAUUGAAGCGGGUCUAUCUUAUCAACGGCCUGUUUCCUGGACCUACGGUAGAGGCCCGCUCUGGUGACACCUUGAUCAUUACGGUUACGAAUGCCUUGUCGGAUGAAUCAAUUGCUCUACACUGGCACGGCCUUCAUGUGGCUAAUGCCAUGGAUGGUGCAGUGGGGAUUUCACAAUGUCCUGUAGCUUCUGGUGGAUAUUUCGUUUAUAAUUUGACAAUUCCAGCCGAUCAGAGUGGUACUUUUUGGUAUCAUGCCCAUUCGGGGGUCUCGCGGGCGGAUGGCCUUUAUGGUGGGUUGGUCGUCCAUGCACCAGCCAAAUCGACCGUUCGGGGCUUAACAUACAGGGGGCGCAAUAAACUUCACCGUAACACCUAUGACAGAGAACUUUUGCUUCUCAUCGGGGACUGGUACCAUCGCCCUGCGGGUGAUGUACUGGAAUGGUAUAUGGACCCAGGAAACUUCGGAAACGAGCCUGUUCCUGAUUCCAUACUCAUUAAUGGAGCAGGGUAUUUUGAGUGCACGAGGGCUGUGCCUGCUAGGCCGGUGGACUGCAUUGACCAGCAGAUGAAUAAUUCAUUUAUCGACCUCGAUCCUCACACAACAUAUCGAAUUCGUGUGGUCAACACUGGAGCUCUGGCCGGGCUGAGUCUUGUUUUCGACAAUCGUCACCUGGACUUGCUUCAGGUCGAUAGUGUCGAUGUAACACCCUCUGAAGAGACAAGUAUAAAUUCCAUCGGUGUACUCUUCCCCGGGCAACGCAUGGACUUUGUUCUUCGGCCAUUAUCACAACCCUCCAAAAAUCAGUCAUAUAUGAGGGUUCAGUUGGAUCAAGAUUGCUUCAAGUACGCCAACCCGGCGUUGGUGCCAGAUCAAAGUUUCCCCAUGGACUACCGUUCCAAUGCCACCCAGGGAUCUCCACUCAAGGUCCACCAUCUCAACAUCGAAGAAGUACCUUCUUCGCCCUCUAUCCUUCACUCCAUUCCUCCAACAGCGCAGCAAAUACAUGUGGUCUACACCAAGAUCCAAAAAAUGGCCCGAUAUUCCAACAAGCCAUUCGGUUACUUCAAUCAAACUACCUGGAAGCCCCAGCAAGAUCCACCCGCUCCAGUGACCUAUAUACCACGAGCUAAAUGGGACACCAACCAAUUCGCAAUAACCACGGGACGAGAGCCUGCAUGGGUAGACCUAGUCAUCAACAAUCUGGACGAAGGAUCCCACCCAUUCCACAUGCACGGACACCACUUUUACAUACUCGCAGUUCACCAAGCCGAGUUUGGCUGGGGUUCCUACAACCCUUUCGUCGACAAAAUCCCACCACACCUAGAACUUGACUCAGAUGCGUUGAACAAUGACACAGAUGCGCAGAACCCCAGUACUGGUUAUAAUUCUGGUCUGUACGACACAUCCCGGGCUGCUUUGCGUGACACCGUCCGGAUCCCAAGUCGCGGUUAUGCUGUUCUUCGUUUCCGGGCGGAUAACCCCGGCAUUUGGCUUUUUCAUUGUCAUAUGCUUUGGCAUUCGGCGACGGGUAUGGCCAUGCUGAUUGAUGUGCAGGGUGAUCCGACGGGCUUGACUGCGCACGCUGGCAGCGAAGAAUUAUGUCCUUUUUGA